AAAUAUACUAAACAGUUCUUAAUAAUUUCCAUAAACGUUUAAACAUUCGCAGUAACAUAAACAAUUGCCGGUGCAUAAUGUCGCGUGUUUUCCUUAACAAUUGUAACUUUAUCUAAGAAACUUCAAAAAAUCUAAUAAAAGUGCCUUUUAUGCAUUUCUUCAUGUUGUGAUAUUAAAUAAUACCAGACAAAUAAAUUUUAAAAUGGAAGAAUUUUUACAAAAUAAUGGGAUGCGUUUUCCCGGAUUCAAAAGUAUAUAUCAGACGUUAAGUCGUAAGAAACCUAUUGAAGAUUCAAGUGAGUCUAAAUUGGCAAAAGUUCUAUCGGCUUUUGAUCUGACGACUCUUGGCAUUGGGUCUACACUCGGUGUUGGUGUCUAUGUAUUGGCCGGACAAGUGGCAAAAAUAUAUGCUGGCCCUGCUGUGAUUUUCAGUUUUCUUAUUGCUGCUAUUGCCUCAAUUUUUGCCGGCUUAUGUUAUGCUGAGUUUGGUGCACGUGUUCCUAGAGCGGGAUCCGCUUAUGUCUACAGUUAUGUUACAAUUGGAGAGUUCAUUGCAUUUAUAAUUGGUUGGAAUUUGAUACUGGAAUAUGCAAUAGGUUCGGCUAGUGUUGUUAAAGGUUUAAGUGCGUAUUUGGAUAAUCUCUGUGGUCAUGCUAUGGAGAAUUUUUUGAGUGAAAAGUUGCCAAUGAAUAUAGAUGGCCUCAAUGAAUACCCCGAUAUAUUUGCUUUUGGAGUCACCAUUAUAUUUGCAUGGGCAAUAGCCAUGGGAGCAAAGGAAUCUACACGCCUCAACACUGUAUUCACGCUACUUAAUUUAAGCGUGGUUUUAUUUGUCAUUGGAGCAGGCCUUUUCAAAGUAUCAAGCAGCAAUUGGGCUCUACCCAAAUCUUCAGUACCAGAGGGUUAUGGUGACGGCGGAUUUGCGCCGUAUGGUUUUGCCGGUAUUAUAAGAGGUGCUGCAAUAUGUUUUUAUGGUUUCAUUGGUUUUGAUUGUAUUGCCACUGCUGGCGAAGAAGCUAAAAAUCCUAAAAAAUCCAUACCAUUUGCUGUUAUCACAUCCCUGGCUAUGGUCUUUCUGGCAUACUUUGGUAUUUCAACUGUUCUGACCAUGAUGUUACCCUAUUACGAACAAGAUGAAAGUGCACCUUUGGUACAUGUUUUCAGUAUGUAUGGCUGGACAUUUGCCAAGUAUGUUGUCUCGAUAGGAGCUAUUUGCGCCAUGUGCACCAGCCUUAUGGGCUCUAUGUUCCCAUUGCCUCGUAUUGUCUAUGCCAUGGCAAAUGACGGUUUACUAUUCAAAUUCAUGGGAGAAAUUAGUUCAAAACACAAAACACCUUUAAAUAGUACUUUGCUGACGGGCUUCCUAACGGGGGCAUUCGCAGCCAUAUUUAACUUGAAACAGUUGAUGAACAUGAUGUCUAUAGGCACAUUCUUGGCCUACUCUAUGGUGGCAGCAUGUGUACUGAUUCUACGCUAUGAAAGUGAUGAGAGAAGAGAUAGUCGUCACUUAGCAAAUGGCCGCACAUUAAUAGAAAACAAUGAAUCCCACUGUAGUCUCUUGAAAAUGUUAUUUAAUUCACCAAAGUCAAUAGUACCCACAAAGAAGACAGCCAGAAUUGUGACCAUCAUGUUAUGUUUAUAUGUACUUCAGUGCAUUUUAUUAACCCAAGUAUUGACUACAUUUGAAGAAAACUUCUCCGAGGUAUCAUUGGUUAACAUUAUCAAGCUCGUAUUGACUGUGGUGUCCCUAUUUAUUACAUUAUUUAUAAUAUCACGCCAACCAGUUGCAUCCUCAUCUCUUGCAUUUAAAGUUCCCUUUGUUCCAUGGGUUCCAGGAUUUUCAUUGCUUAUCAACAUUUAUCUUAUGAUCAAAUUGGAUAUUAUGACUUGGGUCAGAUUUAGUAUUUGGAUUGCUAUAGGCUUAGUUAUAUUCUUUGCCUACAGUAUUCGUAAUAGUACUUUACGUCGUCGAGAACUAAAGAUUUUGGCCGACUCAGAAUCUCGUGGAAUAAGUGAAACAAAUUCGAUUUCAUCUCUACAACAUGACGAAAGAUUUAGCACACAAGUCCCUCUAAUGGUGAUGCAAAACACAAAUUAAUUGUAUUUUAAAGAAUAUUCAAUUUAAGCAUUAAUUUAA